AUGAAGAACGUCUACUACGAGGACGGAGGAGUACAACUUGAAGGCUCCCAAUUCGUGGAAACUUCGUCAUACGUAUACUUCGGACGUUCUAUGAACAUGGAAAACGACAUGAAGAAAGAACUGAAUAGAAGAAUGAGAGCAGCAUUCGCGGCCGUUAGGGAAGCUACUGACCAACUGACAGACCAAGAUCUUCGUGCUCAUCUCGAGACACCGCUGCCACGUCUAGGAAGCUGCUUACUACCCACAGAGCCCUUGAGAGAUGUCUUCUGA